AUGCUCGACUCCUUCAUGAAAAAGCCUGAACCUUCUUCUGAACCCGACAGCAUCGAGCUAAGAAAUCGGUCAUCGGAUACCGCGAGCUACCAGGAGCCUAAAAAUCCAGGAUCAUGGAAAACUGUUCCAAUUAUUCUUGGUCUUCUUCUCUCCAAUUUCUGUCUAGGUCUAGAUAACACAAUUAUUGCUACUGCAAAUCCGCACAUUGCAGCGCAGUUCAACUCAUUUGACGAUGUAGGCUGGUACGGUAGUGCCUACUUCUUGACCACGUGCGCUGUCAGCCUCUUAUACGGCAAGCUUUAUGCACUCUAUCCCGUCAAAUGGGUCUAUUUGGCCGCCUUAUUUCUCUUUGAACUGGGUUCAUUGAUCUGCGGAGUUACUCCGAGCUCGGUGGGCUUAAUCAUCGGUCGAGCAAUUGCUGGCCUGGGAAGCGGAGGCUUGGUUUCAGGAGCCAUUCUUGUAAUGUAUGGGUCGACUCCUAAAGAGAAGCGUCCAAUGUUUACUGGGAUUCUUUCAGGAGCCUACAACAUUGCCAGCAUUGCUGGACCUUUGGUUGGGGGAGCUUUCACGGAUAAAGUGUCGUGGCGGUGGUGCUUCUAUAUCAAUCUCCCUUGCGGUCUAAUCACGAGCAUAUUCCUCUUAUUUGUUCCCUCGUCGCCUCCAUUGGUUCAAGCCAAAGGAUUGAGGGCCAAAGUAUACAAACUGGAUGUCUUAGGCAAUAUUCUGUUCUUAGGAAUGGUCGUUUCCCUGCUGCUAGCACUCCAGUCAGGUGGAGACGAAUAUCCUUGGAAUGACGCUCGUGUCAUUGCUCCCUUUGUCGUCAGCGGUAUAUUGCUGCUCAUUUUCAUUGCCAAUACAAAAUGGCAGCAGGAAAAUGCCACGAUUCCGCUGCGACUCAUCAAAACACGUAGUAUAUGGGGAACUGCCCUGUUUGCCUUUUGCAUUGCAGGAGCAUUUUUUGUCUUCAGUUACUAUCUUCCAAUUUGGUUCCAGGUUGUCAAAGGUGCGAGUGCCAUUAAAUCUGGACUCAUGAAUUUGCCCCUCAUUCUGAGCUCUGUGAUAACCUCAGUGCUCACUGGACUGUUGGUGACUUACAUCGGGUGGUUCAACCCGUUCCUGUUGGCAUGCUCUGUGAUCCUCACCAUAGGUUCGGGGGCAAUGACCAUGUUGGGAGUUCAUAGUGGGUCAAAUUGUUGGAUCGGAUACCAAGUCAUCGUGGGCAUUGGGUACGGCCUAGGUCAACACUUGCCAUUUGUGGUGGCCUCCUCUUACCUGUCACCCACCGACGUCCCUAUGGGAACAGUCAUCAUGUCAUUUGUUCAGUUCCUUAGCGGAGCCGUCUUCAUCGCCGUCGGUGAAGCUGUUUUUCAGGUUCAGCUUCUUUCCAGUGUCCGCUCUCGCACACCAGAGGUAGACCCCGGGACAUUGUUGGCCGCUGGGAUCACCAAGCUGCGUCAACAAGUUUCUGGAGAUACUCUUGAUCUUCUUUUAUUGUGCGUGAACGAUGCAGUUGUUCAUAUCUUCUAUAUAGCCGUGGCAUUGAGCGGUUUAUCUUUGGUCGGAGCCAUCUUUGUGAAGUGGAAGUCCAUCAAACAUCAAGGUUCGCCAGAAUAA